CGCACCUGAACUGUUCAUUUUUCCUCUCCUUUGCCCUCUCAAGCACCAGCAAUUUUAUGGGAGCAUCAAAAACCCGACGCUUGAAGUAGGGUGCGUUCCAGUGAAGCAACAGUUGUUUGGAGCACCAGAGUCUGAUGCAACGGGUGUGAAGCACCUUAAAAUUCGUCACUUUAAAGCAGCUCUGGUCUCCUGUUCUAAGAAUGGUCACUCAGUUCUGCUUGGAGCAGUUCGAGCAGAUACAAUUGGAAACUGCUAGAUCGAACAAGUGGGGCAUUGACGUAUCCCUUAACCAAACUUUAUUUUGAAUAUCAAUUAAGUAAACAACAACAAUUUAGUUUUUAAAUCAAGAAUGGACAAAAUCGAUGAUUAUUUAAGCAAAAAAACUGAAUUUCUAACACUACUAGAACAAGACAUCGAUAAAAAUAAAAUCAUACACUCACAAAUCGAAGAAAAAAUAAAAUCAUUAGAGAAAACUCGUGAAAAUAUCAAAAGUUUACACCAACAACCUGAACACAUAGCUUUGAUACCUUUAUGCAAAAAGCUCUAUGUACCAGGAACAUUAGUCCAUACAGGAGAAUAUAUGGUAACAAAAAAAGCUCAUCCAAACUCUUAUUCAGUAUUAAAAACUCUAGAACAAACAGUCAAAGACUUGGACGAGCAAAUCCUAGAACAAAGAGGUUUGUUUGAAAAAGGUAGCCUGGCAGUAAGUCAGCUGGUUGAUAGGAAAAAACUGUUGCUGGGAGAGCAAGAUGAAGAUGUGAUAGUAGAGAAAUUGAUUGUAAAUGAUGAGGAAUAUCAUUUAGCUGAGGAGGUUGCGAAAAUGCCUAAUGAAAUUAAGUCGGACAAAGGAGUUGCUGUUAAAGUGGGACAGUUCUUUGAGAUUUUUGAGUAUGAAGAAGAAGGAAGAUAGUUUUUAGAAUAAAUCAAUUUUCAAAGCA